CAUUAGUGGAAGCGAACAUUCGUAGCAUUCAUUGUCACCGAUCAUUGACAAAAGAAGAAAAAGAAGCCGUACGACAACUUAAGGAAUCUUUAGAUUUGGCGGCUAUAGACUCAAAGGGCACAGACAGGCUGCUGGUACUUUUUUUUUAGCUAACUAAAGUCCAACUUCCUUUGCCGAAAGAGGAUGAAACGGAUCAGCCGAUUCAACUUAGCAUUACCCGACUCGUAACUUCAAGCACAACCAUCCAUCUCAAUCCAAAAUCUCCGAUCGUCUGUGAUCCAAACCCAAACUCUCCUCCGGUUUUGGAUAUAUAGACAGUGCCUGCUCUCAAACCAACCAAGACAGCAGCAAGUUCCUAUCGAGAACAAGACGACAGAUCAAUAUGACCAAUUUCUAUAAUAUCUCAGGUGAAUACGUGAAAAAGUGUUGCUUAGCUCAGUGAAAUGGAAUAAGGAAGAGAAAGUGUAGUGUGAUAAGGGAAGAUGCAAGUCAAUUUUGAGGUUUUCAAGCAAGGGCUGAGAUAGAUAUACAAACCAGAAGAAUUCACAUCAGAACCCUUUCCUGCUUCCCCUUUUUACCCAUCGGACUCGACUCACAUUUUGAUCUCCUACGCUUGCUUUCACAGUCCCCCUACGAGCAGCCCGGAAUCAAUGAAGGAGUUCAUUCAGCACCGAGCCGAGCGAGCGUAGAUUCAAUAUGUUGAUUGUACCGAACGAAGGAUUUGCCUUAUCACGAAAGCCACAUUCGUUUCGUUUGAGGAAGUCACACGUCCUGUUCCCUAUAAAUAAGGAGAUUCAUUCUUUUUUUUCAGAAAUCCCCUCUUCUUCCUCCUCAAGCCCCUAUCACAAGACCAAGCGGAUCUCAUCCUGCAGAAGACUCAGAGCGGAUCUAUCUAAUGGCAUGGCUGGCUGUCGGAUGUGAUCUAUUCUCGUGUCACAUCGCUUUCUUUCUUCUCCCUCCAUUUUAUUCACUACUACCGCUUCUACACAUAAAUCAAAGAAGCAUUGUGGAAUAGUGGCAUUUCGUUAAUGGCUAAAAUGUUCUUAGUGAAAGGGUUGCCGCAAAACCGGCAAACUCAGAGCGGUCUCUGAAAGUGAAUAGGAGCAUAGCGGCAUCAUCCAAGCCAAACACGUCUCCUCAGUCAAGGGUCUUCUCGCGCAAAUAAGAUCAAAAACAUAACAACUGAUUUCGCUUAAUGCAUGUCACCCGCCCGCUCUCAAUACAGCAAGUGACUCUCUCUCACAAGACAGAGAAAGAUUACCGAUUCAUCCAAUCCAAUUUGAUCAGAAGUGAGUUCAUUGUUGUUGUAUAGCGAAACCUUUCCUUGACAAAACCAUUCUCAGCUAAUAGAAGCCGAGCUAUCUAUCCAGAUCAGGGUUGAACGAAGCGAAUGGAAAAGCCAAAGAAAACUUAAAUCCAUUGCGAUUAGAAACCAGUGACUCUACAGCCAGGGCUCAAUGGCGAUGUAAGAUAGAAAGAAUGGGGAGUUAGGGCUUCGGUUUCCUCUGUAGCCAGUUUCAAUUCCAAAUCAUUUGCCGACAUGCGGACUCACUUCUCUUUUAUGGGAUGACUUUUAUUAUCCAAGUUGUCUAUUUACGUGGGUGAAUCAAGUACAACAAGUCAGGUCAGAGCUUGUGGUAGAAGAUUGGGCUCUGCUACGCAGAUCCACUCAACUAGGAAAGAAGUACGCAUUGCUGACUGACUGUUUGAACGAUCCUAGUUACUAGUAGCUAAUCAAGUCAGAGUAGGGUGGCCGAGAAGCUUCUUGCCGGUGCCCCCAAAAGCAAAGCACAGACUCUACUCACCCACGCGUUUUCCACCUACGGAGGGAGAAAUCAUUGAAAUAUCCUCAUCCCCUGAAAGGGAACCCGAAAACAGGACGAGAGUGGAUAGGGUGACUAAGGAGGCCGUAAAAAUUAGUAGUGCAUUUUUGAAAGAUAAGAUUACAAAAAGGCGAGAGCAGCAUAAUUGUUAGUUAGGGGUAAGAGGGGACGGGCCCGUAUAGAAAGUCAAUCCUUCUUUUUCCGAUAUGCCGCUCCGCAAGCAAGGAGUGCCACGCACGAGCGGAGCGAAAACUAAGCAAGGGGAAUUCCGUCAUUCCAUGGAAAGCAUGCGAAAUCCUUUGAUUGUUUAUAGAAUCAAAAUAACUAUAUAGUCUUUCUUGUUCCACUUGCAAGGCAAGGAAAAUAAAAUGUCAGUUUCGUUAUUACAACCUUAUUUUUUUAUGUCAAAGACAAAAAGCUACGCGCAAAUUCUCAUUGGAUCUCGGUUGUUCUUAACAGCGAUGGCUAUUCAUUUAAGUCUUCGGGUAGCACCACCAGAUCUUCAACAAGGUGGAAAUUCUCGUAUUUCGUAUGUACAUGUUCCUGCGGCUCGGAUGAGUAUAGUUAUUUAUAUCGCGACAGCUAUAAACAGUUCCUUGUUCCCAUUAACAAAACAUCCCCUUUUUCUUCGCUCUUCCGGAACCGGUACAGAAAUUGGUGCUUUUUCUACUUUGUUUACGUUAGUGACUGGGGGGUUUCGGGGAAGGCCUAUGUGGGGUACCUUUCGGGUGUGGGAUGCUCGUUUAACUUCUGUAUUCAUCUUGUUCCUUAUUUACCCGGGUGCACUGCGUUUUCAAAAGCUUCCUGUCGAACCGGCUCCUAUUUCAAUCCGUGUUGGACCGAUCGAUAUACCAAUAAUAAAGUCUCCAGUCAACUGGUGGAAUACAUCGCAUCAACCUGGGAGCAUUAGCCGAUCUGGUACAUCAAUACAUGUUCCUAUGCCCAUUCCAAUCUUGUCUAACUUUGCUAACUUCCCCUUCUCUACCCGUAUCUUGUUCGUUCUGGAAACACGUCUUCCUAUUCCAUCUUUUCCCGAAUCUCCCUUAACGGAAGAAAUAGAAGCUCGAGAAGGAAUACCACUAAAAACCUAGUUCGCUCUCAAAUAAAAACCUAGUUCACUCGCUAAAGCAUCCAUGGCUGAAUGGUGAAAGCGCCCACCAACCUAGAAAGGCAAAAUGGGUCAAAAAGUAGGUUCGAUUCCUGCCGGAUGCACUGCCUCUUAAAGACAGAAACAGAGGAGGGAAAGAAGGUAGUAUAGGGAACUUGCUUUUGGAUUCUUAUCGAAAGUGAAUCCCUCUAACACUUCU